CUCGUCCUCAGCCGAUGCUUGUUCCUCACCGAGACAACAUUUAGAGAACACUUCAAUUCCCUACACUCAGCAGGGCAUGAGCGCUGUUUCCUUGUCCAGCUAAAUUUCGGAUUUAAAGCGGGGAGAGGAGAGCGUUGUUCCCUGGACAACGUUUGAAGUCAUGCCAGUUCCAGACCAACCUGCUGAAGCAGAGAAAGCCAUGCUGAGCCCAGUGCUAAAUGCUUCUAAUGGAGAUGGAGCUGAGACAGAGACCACCUCUGCCAUUCUGGCCUCCGUCAAAGAGCAGGAGCUUCAGUUUGAAAGAUUAACGCGAGAGCUGGAGGCAGAGCGUCAAAUAGUUGCUACUCAGUUGGAACGAUGCAAAAUGGGAUCUGAGACAGGUGGCAGCAUGAGCAGUAUCAGUUCAGCCGAUGAGCAGUUUCGCUGGAAUACCCGAGAUGGACAGAAAGAUAUUGAAGAUGAACUGAACACAGGUCUGGAAAUGGUGGACUCAUGUAUUCGCUCCCUACAGGAGUCUGGCAUCUUGGAUCAACCAGAAUACACCACAGCUGACAGACCGAGUCUGCUCUCUCAGAGCUCACUGCAGCUCAGCUCGAAACCAGAGGGCUCCCUCCAGUACUCUGCUAGCUACCAUAGUAACCAGACCCUGGCCCUGAGUGACUGUUUGACCACACCACAGUCUCAGAAGCCUCAGCCCCCUCCACGCUCCAGCGGCCAGCCUGGAGGAGCCGUGCACAGCUACAACCAGGUGACAUCUAACCGUGCAAACCAGCUUGCGGCGGGUGAUUUCACGCAGACCCAGAGCCAUGGCAGUGCCCUGCUUUCCGAUUCCCAGCAGCCCUCUGCAAUAUCCAGGCCGGGCCUGUACUAUUCCAGCUCUACUUUGCCUGCCCAGCGCGUCAGCUCACCCCUGAACUCAAUGCAGCCCACGACAACCAGCGGCUCCCCGACUAAACUGCAGCGCCUGGGCUCAACUUCUGACACGCCCGGCUACGCCACCACCCAGCGCCUCCCCUCUUCUUCCUCUUCAGCCUCCCCCAAACCUUCACCCGGGAGACUUGCGAAAUCCUACAGCAGUAGCUCACCCAUCAAUGUGGUAGGCAUCGGAGGAUCACCCAGUGCCCAUACUUCUGGCUCCCCUCUACGGCUAGCAUCUCAGCCCAAUAACGCGUCACCUAUCUACCAGCAGCUGCAGUCUGCAGGAGUGUCCACUUACGCCACUCUAUCACCCAACAAAAGGCUGGUGCACUCGUCUGAGCAGUACAAGAUAUCCCAUGAUCUAUAUGCCACUGCCACUCUACAGAGACCAGGAAGUCUUGCUGGAUCUCGAGGUUCAUACAGCAAUCAGCACACCCACCUGGGCCCUGAACUGAGGCCCCUGCAGUCUCCCGAGCAUCAUAUUGACCCUAUAUAUGAAGAUAGAGUCUACCAGAAAGCCCACAUGAGAAGCUUGAGCCAGAGUCAGGGAGAACCGCUCCCUCCGGGCCAUACUGGAACCUACCAGAACAACACAGCCCCAUCCUCCCCUGGUGUUGACUCCGUACCCUUGCAGCGAACAGGAAGUCAGAAUGCCACAGGGACAUUUCCCAGGGGCAGCUACGCCUCCGGCCAGAGCGCCAAUUAUACUGACACUUACCGCACGUUGCCAUACUGCUCUUCUGUGGAGUCUCCAUACAGCAAAUCUGGUCCUGCCCUGCCACCAGAGGGCACCCUGGCCCGCUCACCUUCCAUAGACAGCAUCCAGAAGGAUCCCAGGGAGUUUGGUUGGCGAGACCCUGAGUUGCCUGAGGUCAUUCAGAUGUUGCAGCACCAGUUUCCCUCAGUUCAGUCCAAUGCAGCGGCAUAUCUGCAGCACCUAUGCUUUGGAGACAACAAGAUUAAAGCCGAGAUACGGAGGCAGGGUGGUAUUCAGUUGUUAGUGGACCUGUUAGAUCACAGGAUGGCUGAAGUACACAGAAGCGCCUGUGGUGCCCUGAGGAAUCUUGUUUACGGAAAAGCCAACGAUGAUAAUAAAAUUACUUUGAAGAACUGCGGUGGAAUCCCUGCGCUGGUACGCCUGCUGCGCAAGACAUCUGAUCUGGAAGUUAGGGAACUUGUUACAGGUGUAUUGUGGAACCUUUCCUCAUGUGAUGCUCUGAAGAUGCCUAUUAUCCAGGAUGCUCUAGCAGUUUUGACCAACACAGUGAUUAUACCCCAUUCCACCUGGGAUGUUUCCCCACACCAGGAGGACCGCAAGCUACAAAUGCACACUUCCCAAGUCCUUCGCAAUGCCACCGGCUGCCUGAGGAAUGUGAGUUCGGCAGGGGAGGAGGCUCGGAGGCGGAUGAGAGAAUGUGAAGGUCUGACUGACACGCUGCUUUUUGUCAUCCAGACUUCCCUCGGCAACAGUGAAAUUGAUAGCAAGACCAUAGAAAACUGUGUAUGCAUCUUGAGGAACCUAUCGUAUCGGCUUGCAGCUGAAACGUCUCAGGGACAGCAGAUGGGGACGGAUGAGCUGGACGGUCUCCUGUGUAGUGAUGCCAGCGGGAAGGACGGAGAGACCUCGGGCUGCUGGGGAAAGAAGAAAAAGAAGAAGAAGUUUCAGGACCAGUGGGAUGGUGUGGGCCCACUGCCCGACACUGCUGACCCCCCCAAGGGAAUUCAGAUGUUGUGGCAUCCCUCAAUAGUAAAGCCCUACCUCACCCUGCUAUCUGAGUGCUCCAACCCGGACACACUGGAGGGGGCUGCCGGGGCGUUGCAGAACCUUGCCGCAGGGAGCUGGAAGUGGUCGGUGUACAUUCGUGCAGCGGUGAGGAAAGAGAAGGGUCUGCCCAUCCUCGUGGAGCUGCUGAGGAUAGACAAUGACCGAGUUGUGUGUGCCGUCGCCACUGCACUCAGAAACAUGGCCUUGGACGUCAGAAAUAAAGAGUUAAUCGGUAAGUACGCAAUGCGGGAUCUCAUACAUCGCCUGCCUGGUGGAAGCAACGCUAGCGGAAGCAGCGGGGGAACCGCCAACAGCACAGUGGGUAAAACCAUGUGCGAUGACACGGUUACAGCUAUAUGCUGCGCCCUACACGAGGUCAUCACCAAGAAUAUGGAGAACGCCAAAGCCUUAAGAGAUGCUGGUGGCAUCGAGAAGCUCAUCGGUAUUGCUAGGAGUAAAGGAGACAAACACUCACCUAAAGUGGUAAAGGCAGCAUCUCAGGUUCUCAGUAGCAUGUGGCAGUACAGAGAUCUCCGGAGUCUUUAUAAAAAGGAUGGCUACUCACAGUAUCACUUUGUUGGCUCUGCCUCCACAAUAGAGAGAGAUAGACAGAGACCAUAUUCUUCCUCACGUACUCCAUCAGUAUCCCCAGUCCGGACCUCCCCCAACAACAGAUCAGCCAGCGCCCCCACCUCACCCAGAGAGAUGAUCAGCCUCAAGGAGGGGAAGAGUGACUACGAUUCGACUGGAACCAAUGCCGGUUACCAUGGAAACAAAGGAGAGCACACUUCCAGAAAAGACACUAUGGCAGUUCAAACCUCCUGUGGAACAUCCACAUUGUUCCGGAACUCUUACGAGACUUCAAAUGAAGAGAUCAAACACAACCAGGUCCCUCCACCACCAGCACCACAGGAGCCCCCACGCAAAAACUUUGAGGCAUACCCCAUCUAUCAAAACUCCACUAGGAACUUUGAGGAGCCAUUUUUUGAGGAUCAGGUCCAUCGCCCCCCUACUGCCACCGAUCUCAAUAUGCACCUGGGACUCAAGUCCACUGGGAAUUAUGUGGACUUCUACUCUGCCGCCCGCCCCUAUAGUGAACUCAACUAUGAAACAAGUCACUACCCCGCCUCUCCUGACUCUUGGGUUUAGGACUUCACAGCCCCAAGGCCUUGCGGACAGGCAGCGGAAGUGGGGCAUGUAGAGAGGCUGGGAAACUGCAUGUGCAUGUGUAUCACAAAACAUUUUUCAGCAAGUUUUGUUCAUCUAAGCUGGAUUCAUGGUGAAUAAGAGCGGAAUUGGGGAAAAGGAGGGGUACGGUAAGAGAGUGAGCGAGCGAGAGUAGAAAAGAUGGCCUUGAGAGAAAGAAUGUGUAAUAGACUACUUUGAGCACAUACUUUAAACAGAAGCAAAAGCUUAACCUUUGGAGUAGAGAGUGGGUUUUUAUUGAAAGGUAUUUGAAAAGUGAAGGUAAAAAAAGGAGUUUGCACAAGUCGAGCAAGGGAAGGCAAGGUAUGGGAGCACAAGAAAAUUGAGGCUGAAAAAAAGGCUUUUCACCUUUUUCAAAACUUCUUUUUCAUUCAUUUGACGUCAUGGUGGAUCAAAGCUUCAUCUCGAAUAUUAAGGAAUGUCCUCUGUUUUUUUCACCAUUUUUCCGCCUCUAUUUUUUAUCUUUUUUUUUUUCUUUUUUUUAAAUCUUUUUUUAAUUUGUUGAUGUAAAGUAUUUGGUGUACAUUAAAGAGAUGCAUUACACAAGUGCAUUGUGUAAAUUACACAGACCACUUUUCCCGUGGAUUUGCAUAUUGUUUUACAGUACAAAGAAAAAGACAAAAAAAUUAAAGUCCUCAGAGGGAUGUAUUAACCAUCAACAUCUCCUUUCCUAAAAUACAAACACAUUCAAUGAGCAAGGAUGUAUAUGCCAGUAUUGUUAACUCUGAUCAUGUGAAUAUGUCUGUGGCAACUAAACAAAAGCAGUUGAAGACAAUUACCAGAGGACCAUUCCACUUUCCUUGUUAAUGAUGUGCUUUCUCACUGCCUAAAAAAAAGAGAUGUAAAUUUUUGACAUUUAGAUUCUUUUUUCUGUUUUCACUUAAAAAAAAAUGUUCUUAUUUUCUUGAUGACUUGGUGUGAAAAAAUAAAUAAGGCUAUUUAUCAUCAAUAUAUGCAGAAAAACUGCCCGUUUUAGAUCUCAGUUUUCUGUGCUAACUAACUGAAACAAUGACUAACAUACAGUAGUGCCAAAUUUUAAAAUCUCUUAAAUCAGCACUGGAGACAUUUUUUUAGUUUUUACGUUACUAUUACUUAUUUCUUCAAUUUGUAUCUGCUUUUUGGUUCGUACAUGUGUUUUACUGGAAUUAAGCUACAUCUAGAAAACACUGGAAUACUACCAGGAGGGCGAAACCUUUGCAAGCUUAAUUCCCUCCAAAGAUGUACAAAAUCCUGUCUCUCAAUGUUAGUUGAGUGUGUGCUGUAUGUCGAUCAGUGUUUAUUGAGAGCCUUUGUUUCUAACAGGUGGCUUCUGCUGUUUGAUUUGACAAGAGAUAUUGAGCUGCAACACUGAAAUGUUAAUAGAGAAUGAUACAUAUAUAAAUAUGAAUAUAAAUAUAAAUAUAGAUUAUAUAAUUUUUAUGUGCAGAUGUCAGUGUCACUGAAAGCAACAAACCAGAAAAGACUUGUACAAAACAAUUGUAUUUACCUUCAUGUUCUGAUUCCAAACAGAGAAAACAAAAUGAAACUUGAAAAUGUUGACCUGGUCUCAGUUGUGUUGUUACCAAGCUACAUAGAUUAUCACACUGGAUUUGGAUGAUGUUCUGAUGUCAGGAUAAUAAACUACUCUCUGC